CUGGUGGAGGUGAAGGCCCUUCUGGAUCGCGAGCACAAGAACGUCUGUGCUCAUCUUCUGGGGAACAACAAACAGACACGACAGAAACCACUCUGAUUCACCAACAGCAACAGCAAGGAGACCACUACGCUGACAUGGGUUUUCCAUCUACUAUAGGCGUUGCCGAUGGGCCAGAGGUGAGUCCUCCAUUUAAUAAACUUCCUCUAGCAGGAAGCCAAGCCCAAGAAUUGGAGGGCCCCUUGGCGAAAACUUC